UGCCAACGGACAUGGGAAGCCUAACUAACUUACGACAUCUUGACACUCGUGAAACUUGUCUAGAAAAGAUGCCGCUGCGAUUGGGAAGGUUAACAAACCUCCAAAUGGUGUCCAAUUUUGUUGUGAGGACAGGUAACAGCCCAGGGAUGACAGAGAUUGAAAACCUGUCUAAUCUCCGUGGAACACUUUCCAUUUCAGGGUUGCACAAUGUGACUAACAUCAAGGACGCAAUUCAGGCAAAGUUGAAGACUAAGAAGAACCUUGAUGAAUUUGUUUUAGAGUGGAGCUAUAAUAGCAAUGAUUCACGAUAUGAAACAGUUGAAACAGAGGUGUUUGAUGUGUUAGAAGCUCGUGAAAGCUUGCAAAAGCUCACAAUAAAAUAUUAUGGUGGUAAAGAAUUUCCAAGUAGGUUGGGGGAUUCUUCAUUCACGAACAUGGUCUGCUUGCAUCUUUAUGGUUGCAAAAAGUUCACUUUGUUACCAUCUCUUCGCCAGUUACUUUCUCUCAGAGAUCUCAGCAUUACAGGAAUGAAUGGUAUAAGCAUGGGGGGGCUGAGUUUUUACGGGGUGCUGAUCCUUCAAUCAAGCCUUUUCCACUGUUGGAGAUUCUGAAGUUCGAGAACAUGAAAGAAUGGGAGGAAUGGUCCUUCAAGAAUGGAGUAGAAGCUUUUCCUUGCCUUCGCCAACUGUCUAUUCUCAGGUGUCCUAUAUUGAAGAAAUUCUCACACAGAUUUCCUUCCUUGGAAAAACUGAAAGUUCAAAAGUGUGAGGCUCUUGAAUCUUUUACAGGCCUUUCUCAACACGAGAAUUUAGAAUCUCAAGAAUUACCUUGCCUCAGGUCGCUUUUUCUUGUAUGUUGUGCUAAGCUAAUUGAACUGCCCAAGUCCCUUCCUUCACUGGAAGCAUUAGAGAUAGAUGGUUGGUUGGAAUUGGGAGCAUUUCCAAGGCUUGUAAACCUUCAGAAAUUAAAAUUCUUGGAUUCAAAUGCCAAGCUUCUCGGGAGUAUAGUUGACUUCAGUUCGCUGACCUUUCUGCAUAUAAGACUAAUUUCAUUUGUCAAAUGCCUACCUGAAUGUAUAAUUAAACAAUUUGGAAAACUUCUAGAUUUGAAGAUUGCUGGUUGUGGUGAUCUUGAGGGUUUGUCAAAUGAGCAGGUGGGAUUAAAACACCUUGCUUCACUUCAACAUUUGACAAUCUCUCACUGCCCUAAACUUGUUGCUUUGCCGGAUGAAGAAAUAAAGUUGCUGCCAGAGCUAAAACUUUUAGAUUUGAGUUAUUGUGAUAACUUGAAAAAACUGCCUUGUGAGAUUCAGAAGGUUAAUUCUGUCCGGAAGUUGCGAGUUGACUGGUGUCCAAAGCUUGAGUCGUUUCCAGAACAGGGGUUGCCAGGCAUGCUGGAACAACUUGUCAUCCGAGAUUGUGGACCUUUGAAGACUCUUCCCAACAUGAUGCUGCAGAACAAUAAAGCCCUUGAGUACUUGGAGAUUCACAAGUGUUCUUCUCUCACAUCACUUCUUGAGCAAGGCGAUUUACCUACCAGGCUUAAGCGUGUCAAAAUUUACUACUGCAAGAAUCUGGCAUCCCCGCCUGAUGGAAUAAUGUGUAAAGACAAAUUGACUCUUGAGUACCUAGAGAUUGACAACUGUUCCCCUUUGAGCUCCUUUCAAGAAUAAACUAAAUGAACAUUCAAGAAAAACUUUUA